CCUACCCCUCUACCAUGUCACCAUUGCCAUAUUCCUCACCGGCCUCCCUCCCCUGCAUCUCCAUAUAUAUAUACAUCUCUCAUCAUCUCAUCUCUCAACCCCUCAAUUUUCUCCAAAUCCCAUUACUCCCCCCAACAUUUUCCCUGAGAACAAAAAAUGGCCCCUGUAGUCCAAAACGGAGUCCACCAGAAGAAGGAAGCUAUGGAAUUCUGCGUGAAAGUGGACCCGUUGAAUUGGGGCGCGGCGGCUGAGGCCGUGAAGGGGAGCCACCUGGAGGAGGUGAAGCGGAUGGUGGCGGAGUUCAGGAAGCCGGUGGUGAAGCUCGGCGGCGAGACGCUGACGGUGGCUCAGGUCGCGGCUAUCGCCUCCCGCGAUAAUAAUGCCGUCACGGUGGAGCUGUCGGAGGAGGCCCGGCCCGGCGUUAAGGCUAGCAGUGAUUGGGUGAUGGAGAGUAUGGGCAAAGGCACUGAUAGCUAUGGUGUCACCACCGGCUUCGGCGCCACCUCCCACCGCCGCACCAAGCAGGGCGGCGCUCUUCAGAAGGAGCUCAUUAGGUUUUUGAAUGCCGGAAUCUUUGGAAAUGGAGGAGAUUCAUGUCACACGCUGCCACACUCUGCAACCAGGGCCGCCAUGCUCGUCAGAAUCAACACCCUUCUUCAAGGCUACUCAGGGAUAAGGUUUGAGAUUUUGGAAGCCAUAACCAAAUUCCUCAACCACAACAUCACCCCAUGUCUGCCCCUCCGCGGCACCAUCACCGCCUCCGGCGAUCUCGUCCCCUUAUCCUACAUCGCCGGCCUCCUCACCGGCCGCCCCAAUUCCAAGGCGGCGGGCCCCAACGGAGAGUCCCUCACCGCAGAACAGGCCUUCCGCGCCGCCGGCGUCGACGGCGGAUUCUUCGAGCUGCAGCCCAAGGAAGGGCUGGCGCUCGUCAACGGAACCGCGGUGGGGUCCGGCAUGGCGUCCAUGGUUCUCUUCGAGGCCAACGUCCUCGCGGUUUUAUCGGAGGUUCUCUCCGCAAUCUUCGCGGAGGUUAUGAACGGAAAGCCGGAAUUCACGGACCAUUUGACCCACAAGCUGAAGCACCAUCCCGGCCAGAUCGAAGCGGCGGCGAUCAUGGAGCACAUCUUAGACGGCAGCUCUUACGUCAAAUCCGCGGAGAAGCUCCACGAGAUUGACCCAUUGCAGAAGCCCAAACAGGACCGCUACGCUCUCCGCACGUCUCCCCAAUGGCUCGGCCCGCAGAUCGAAGUUAUUCGGGCCGCCACCAAGAUGAUCGAGAGGGAGAUCAACUCCGUCAACGACAACCCCCUCAUCGACGUUUCUAGAAACAAGGCCUUACACGGCGGCAACUUCCAGGGAACCCCAAUCGGCGUGUCCAUGGACAAUGCAAGACUCGCCCUCGCUUCAAUCGGAAAAUUAAUAUUCGCGCAGUUCUCCGAGCUCGUUAACGAUUAUUACAACAACGGCUUACCGUCUAAUCUCACCGCCAGCCGGAACCCUAGCCUGGACUAUGGAUUAAAGGGCGCUGAAAUCGCCAUGGCUUCCUACUGCUCCGAGCUUCAAUUCUUGGCUAAUCCCGUGACUAAUCAUGUCCAGAGCGCUGAGCAGCACAACCAGGACGUUAACUCCUUGGGGCUAAUCUCGGCGAGGAAGACGGCGGAAGCGGUGGAGGUGCUGAAACUCAUGUCGUCGACGUAUCUGGUGGGGCUGUGUCAAGCGAUUGAUCUGAGGCAUUUGGAGGAGAACGUGAAGCAUGCGGUGAAGAACAGCGUGAGCCAAGUGGCGAAGAGGACUCUCACCACCGGAAUCAACGGGGAGCUUCACCCGUCCAGAUUCUGCGAGAAGGACUUGCUGCGCGUGGUGGACAGAGAAUACGUCUUCGCCUACGCCGACGAUCCCUGCAGCGAAACCUACCCAUUGCUGCAGAAGCUCCGGCAAGUGCUGGUCGAUCACGCCCUGCAAAACGGCGAGAAAGAGAAGGACGAAGGGACCUCCAUUUUCCAGAAGAUCGCGGCGUUUGAGGACGAACUCAGAGCCGUUUUGCCCAAGGAAGUGGAGGCCGCGAGAGCCGCCGUGGAGAGCGGGAACUCUGCCGUUCCUAACAAGAUCAAGGACUGCAGGUCUUACCCGUUGUACAAGUUUGUGAGGGAAGGACUCGGAACGGAACUUCUCACCGGCGAGAAGGUCAGGUCGCCGGGAGAAGAGUGCGAUAAGGUAUUCACGGCGUUGUGUGGCGGUGAAAUCAUUGAUCCAUUGUUGGAAUGCCUCGAAAGCUGGAAUGGCGCUCCACUUCCCAUUCUUAGUUAGUGUUUGUGAAGUUCAAUAGUUCAUUGUUUUUUUUUUUGGGUGAAUUCUUCAAAAAUGUGUGUUAUUGUAGUAUAUCGGAGAGGAAUGGUGUGGGUUUUAUUAGUUUUAAAAUUUUAAUGUAAAAGUAGUAAUGUCAUUCGAUGACAUUAGUGAGCUAAACAUGCAACUUCAAAAUCCAAAUAAAGUUGUGAAUUUCAUCCCCA